UUUGGCCUCAAAAAGCCUCUAAAGAUGAAUAUGGUGAAGAGGAUCAUGGGGCGGCCGCGGCAGGAGGAGUGCAGCCCGCAGGACAACGCUCUGGGCCUCAUGCACCUGCGCCGCCUCUUCUCCGAGCUCUGUCACCCACCACGCCACAUGACACAAAAAGAGCAGGAGGAGAAACUCUACAUGAUGCUGCCUGUUUUCAACCGGGUGUUUGGGAACGCUCCACCGAGUACAAUGAAUGAGAAGUUCUCGGACCUGCUGCAAUUCACCACACAGGUGUCCAGGCUGAUGGUGACUGAGAUCAGACGGAGAGCAUCCAAUAAAUCAACAGAGGCUGCCAGCAGAGCCAUUGUGCAGUUUUUGGAGGUAAAUCAGAGUGAAGAGGCGAGUCGGGGCUGGAUGCUCCUGACCACCAUCAACCUUCUGGCCUCCUCCGGACAGAAAACAGUGGACUGUAUGACGACCAUGUCGGUGCCCUCCACGCUGGUAAAAUGUCUGUACUUGUUUUUUGACCUGCCCCACAUGCCCGAGGUUCCUGCUGCCACCCAGACUGAGCUUCCUCUGGCAGACCGCAGAGCUCUUCUGCAGAAAGUCUUUGUCCAGAUCCUCGUCAAGCUGUGCAGUUUUGUGUCUCCAGCUGAGGAGUUGGCCCAAAAGGAUGAUCUACAGCUGCUCUUCAGUGCCAUCACCUCCUGGUGCCCACCCCACAACCUGCCCUGGAGAAAGAGCGCUGGAGAGGUGCUCACUACCAUCUCUCGACACGGACUCAGCGUCAAUGUUGUCAAGUAUAUCCAUGAGAAAGAGUGUUUGUCGACGUGUAUCCAGAACAUGCAGCAAUCAGAUGACCUCUCCCCUCUGGAGAUUGUGGAGAUGUUUGCUGGGCUCUCCUGUUUUUUGAAGGACUCAAGUGAUGUCUCACAGACACUGCUAGAUGACUUCCGCAUGUGUCAGGGCUACACCUUCCUCAUAGAUCUUAUGAUCAGGUUGGAGCAGGCCAAAGAGGAUGAAUCCAAAGAUGCUCUAAAGGACCUGGUGAACCUGGUGACCGCUCUGACCACAUAUGGUGUUAGUGAGCUGAAACCAGCUGGUCUCACCACCGGAGCACCCUUCCUGCUUCCAGGUUUUGUGGUACCACAACCUUCUGGGAAAGGCCAUACAGUCAAGAACAUACAGGCCUUUUCUGUGCUUCAGAAUGCCUUCUUGAAGGCCAAGAGUGGUCGGUUGGCACGAAUGAUCCUCGAAGCCAUCGCCAACAUCUAUGCAGCCGACUACGCCAACUAUUUCAUCUUAGAGGCACAACAUACGCUUUCGCAGAUUGCAGAGCGAAUAGCAAAGCUGCCUGAAGUGCAGUCCAAGUACUUUGAACUGCUAGAGUUUGUUGUCUUUGGACUCAAUUACGUACCAUGCAAAGAGCUUUUUAGUGUUAGUGUGCUGUUAAAGUCAAGCACUUCCUACGGAUGCAGCAUCACAGCUACUCGCACUCUUCUCAAGCUUGGACGCCACCACUCUGUCUUCAGUGAUGUCUUCCGUGAAGUUGGACUGCUUGAAGUGCUAGUUAACCUGCUCCACAAAUAUGCAGCACUGUUGAAAGACCCAACUCAAGCCCAGAGCGAGCAGGGCGAUGCAAAGAACAAUGUGGCGGAAGAGCAAAAGCAGCUUGCAUGGCUUGUCAUGGAGACACUCACAGUCCUUUUGCAAGGCUCGAACACCAAUGCAGGUUUGUUCCGUGAGUUUGGAGGUGCGCGAUGUGUACACAACAUCGUGAAGUACCGUCAGUGUCGUGAGCAUGCUCUAAUGAUCAUUCAGCAGCUGGUGCUGUCGCCGUCUGGAGAUGAUGACAUGGGCACGCUGCUGGGCCUUAUGCACUCCGCACCAUCAACAGAGCUACAGCUCAAAACUGACAUAUUGCGGGCUUUACUUACUGUGCUGCGUGAGAGCCACCGUACACGCACCGUCUUCCGCAAGGUCGGCGGCUUUGUGUAUGUGACCUCACUGCUGGUUGCCAUGGAGCGUUGUCUCUGUUCUCCACCUGUCAGCGGUUGGGAGAAGGUCAACCAGAACAAAGUCUUUGAACUUCUAAACACUGUUUUCUGCACACUAACAGCAGCCAUGCGUUACGAACCAGCCAACUCGCAAUUCUUUCGCACCGAGAUCCAGUACGAGAAGCUGGCCGAUGCAGUGCGACUGUUGGGUUGUUUUUCUGAUGCUAAAAAAGUUGGACCAGUGACCGUGUUCCCCUCAAAUGCCCAACCAUUCCAACGAUUAUUGGAGGAUGAGAUCAUGCCUGCAGAAAACGUGUGUCCCACACUCAAACACUGCAGCAAGCUGUUCAUUUACCUAUACAAGAUGGCCACAGACUCAUUUGACAGACAUGGCAACCACAGCUCAUCCAACUCUGCUCCCGGUAAAGCCCUAACAGACCUAAAGCUGCACUUGGCGAAUCCAUCUCAACAUUCUUCAGACCCUGUAGUCAUCCACCCUGGAGCAGUGUUGGCAAUGCUCGACCUUCUACCCUCCGUUUCGUCUGACAAACAGCCGGAGCAUGCUCUGGACCUUCAGCUAGCAGUUGCUAACAUCGUGCAGCUGCUGGUGCAUUCAGAGAGGAACCAGCAGAUCCUGUGUGAGGCGGGUCUGCACUCACGCCUGCUUCAGCGCUGUAGCUGCGCUUUAGGAGAUGAAGAUCACCCACUCCACCCACCGCUGCAGAGGAUGUUUGAGCGACUGGCCUCACAGGCCCUGCAGCCCAUGGUGCUCAGGGAAUUUUUACGGCUAGGGAAUCCUCUCAAUUGUGGUGCCUGGGACAAAAAGCUCCUGAAGCAGUACCGGGUCCACAAGCCGAGCUCCCUCAGCUAUGAAUCUGAAAUGCGAAACAGCAUGACAUUGUCCAUGGAGGGUUUUGGGCCAGACAGCGUAUUCACGAUUAAUGAGGACAACAGCCAGUACAGAAUCAGCAGAAGUCUAGUGCGCUCUGCUGAGGAUAGCACUGUGCCCCUCACCCGAGUCAAGUGCCUAGUCUCCAUGACAACGCCCCAUGACAUCCGUCUCCAUGGCUCCUCUGUCACACCUGCUUUCGUGGAGUUUGACACGUCAUUAGAGGGAUUCGGCUGUUUGUUUUUGCCCAGUCUGGCCCCUCACAAUGCACCGUCCAGCAAUGCCAACACAUCUGGAGUCAGUGACGGGGCAGUGGUCAGCGGCAUGGGAAACGGCGAGCGCUUCUUUCCACCCCCAUCCGGCCUUAGCUACUCGACAUGGUUUUGUGUUGAACGCUUCAGCACGCCACCCCAGAGCCACGCUGUACGUCUGCUCACAUUGGUGCGAAGGGCCACCUCGUCUGAGCAGCACUAUGUGUGCCUGGCCAUUGUGCUCUCCGCUAAGGAUCGAUCUCUCAUUGUGUCCACCAAGGAAGAACUGCUUCAGACAUACAUGGAUGACUUCAGUGAGGAGUCCUCCUUCUAUGAGAUCCUGCCCUGCUGUGCUCGUUUCCGCUGUGCUGACCUCAUCACUGAGGAACAAUGGCACCACCUGGUGUUGGUUAUGAGCAAAGGAAUGCUGAAGAACAGCAUGGCAACUCUCUAUAUCGAUGGCCAGAUGGUCAGCACAGUCAAGCUGCACUAUGUUCACAAUGCUCCCGGCGGUUCUGCCUCCACAAAUCCACCCGUCGUAAGCACAGUGUACAGCUACAUCGGCACACCACCGGCCCAGCGCCAGCUCUCCGCACUUGUCUGGCGACUUGGGCCUACGCACUUUUUGGAGGAGGGGCUGCCUGCUGCUAGUGUGGCUGCCAUCUAUGAGCUGGGGCCCAAUUAUGUGGGCAGUUUCCAAGCUGUUUACCUGCCGUGUAAAGACUCUAAGACCGAGUCUGUGCCAGCCUGUCCCGUUGCAUUGGUACCUGAGGAGAAGGUCUCCUUCAGUCUCUUUGCACACUCAGUCUCUACUGUCACUGUGGCCAAGAUCAGAAAGGUCUACAACAAACUGGACAGCAAAGCCAUCGCCAAGCAGCUGGGGGUUUCCUCUCAUGAAAGUGCCACACCAGUCAAGCUUAUCCAUAAUGCUGUGGGCCAUCUCAACGGACCAGCCAGAACCAUUGGAGCAGCAGUCAUUGGUUACCUGGGUGUACGAGCAUUUGUAACCAAACCAGUGGCCACCAUCCUCCAGUACACUGGAGGAGCAGCAGCCAUUCUGGGCCUGGUUGCCAUGGCAUCAGAUGUGGAGGGUCUCUACGCAGCAGUUAAAGCACUAGUGUGUGUCGUUAAGAGCAACCCACUAGCUAGCAAGGAGAUGGAGCGUAUCAAAGGCUACCAGCUGUUGGCCAUGUUGCUAAAGAAGAAACGUCCUCUGUUGAACAGCCAUAUCCUACACUUGACCUUCUCCCUGGUUGGCACUGUGGAUAGUGGCCACGAGACCUCCAUCAUUCCAAACUCCAUGGCCUUUCAGGAUCUACUCUGUGAUUUUGAGGUUUGGCUUCAUGCUCCUUAUGAACUUCACCUGUCUCUCUUUGAGCACUUCAUUGAACUUUUAACUGAAUCCAGUGAGGCUGCAAAGAAUGGCAAACUGUUGCGGGAGUUCCAGCUGAUCCCCAAACUGCUACUGACACUGAGGGAUCAGUCUCUGUCUCAGCCCACCAUUGCUGCCAUUGGUAACGUCCUCAGUCUGCUAUUGCAGGGCUUCCCCAACUCAUAUGACCUGCUCAGAUUUGGGCAGUUCAUCUCUUCGACUUUGCCGACAUUUGCAGUCUGUGAGAAGUUUGUCGUUAUGGAGAACACCAAUGAGGAGAAGAUCGACAGAGGAGUUGAUGAUGAGUUUGGAGGCCUCAUGUCAUCCAACCUGAUUCUUCUAAGGAACAGACUCCUAGACAUCCUGCUUAAGCAGCUCUUCAGUUGUAAAGAGAAAAACACUGUUAAUGCACAGGCAUGCGAGGAGCUUGUGCGCACCUUGGGUUUUGAUUGGUUGCUGAUGUUUAUGGAAGAGCACAUUCACUCCAGCACGGUGACGGCAGCUCUCUUGAUCUUGGUGGUGUUGCUUAGUAACCAAUCCAUCCUGAUCCGGUUUAAAGAAGGUCUGUCUGGAGGAGGCUGGCUGGACCACACAGACUCUGUUCUCACUAAUAAGAUUGGCACUGUUCUGGGCUUUAACGUGGGUCGCAGUGCAGGGGGCAGGUCAACAGUGCGUGAAAUCAACCGAGAUGCCUGUCAUUUCCCAGGAUUCCCUGUGUUGCAAACACUACUGCCUAAACACACAAAUGUCCCAGAGAUCUACUUCAUGCUCAUGGCCCUCUUCCUCCAGCAGCCAAUCACAGAGCUGCCUGACAGCCUGCAGGUACAUUUUGACCUGGACUCUAUCUGGACAUUUAUAUUUGGCUUCCCAGCCUCCAGUGCUACAGUGGCGGGCUCCAUUCACAACAUGUGCACUGAAGCAGCUUUCCUGCUCUUGGCCAUGCUGCGCAGUAUGCUCAACCUGCCCUGGCAGUCAGAGGAGGAGGGUUCAUGGCUGAGAGAAUAUCCCAUCACUCUCAUGCAGUUUUUCCGUUACCUCUACCACAACAUCUCUGACCUGGCACCCAUGUGGCACAGUCCAGACUUCCUGUGUACACUUGCUGCUACAGUUUUCCCUUUCAAUAUUCGUCCCUACUCAGAGAUGGUGACUGAUUUGGAUGAUGAAGCAGGCUCACCCACAGAGGAGUUCAAGGCCUUUGUAACAGAUACAGGCAUGAACCGCAGCCAGUCAGAAUACUGUAAUGUGGGCACUAAAACCUACCUAACCAACCACCCAGCCAAAAAGUACGUCUUUGAUUUCAUGAGGGUCCUUAUCAUGGACAACCUGUGCAUGACACCUGCCAGCAAGCAGACCCCUAUCAUUGACCUUCUCCUAGAGGCCUCACCAGAGCGCUCCACCAGAACCCAGCAGAAGGAGUUUCAGUCCUAUAUCUUGGACAGUGUGAUGGAACAGCUCCUCGCUGCAGAUGUUCUUCUGGGUGAGGAGGCAUCAUUGCCAAUAACAACUGGAGGAAGUUACAAUAUCCUGGUCAAUAAUGUAUUCUACUUUACCCAGCGUGUGGUGGAUAAGUUGUGGCAGGGCAUGUUCAACAAAGAGUCCAAGCUAGUGGUGGAUUUCAUAGUUCAACUAAUCACCCAGUCCAAACGGCGAGCUCAGGGUUUGUCUUUGGACUCAAUUUACCAUUGUCUGAACCGAACGAUCCUCUACCAGCUCUGCAGACCACACAAAACGGUCCCGCAACAGGUGACACUGCUGGAUUCGCUGCGUGUGCUGACGGUAAACCGCAACCUUGUGCUGGGACCUGGCAACCAUGACCAGGAGUUUGUGGCCUGCCUGGCUCACUGCUUAAUCAACCUACACACAGGGAGUAGUGUGGAGGGCUUUGGUCUGGAGGCAGAGGCCAGAAUGACCACCUGGCAUGUUGCAGUUCCUUCCGCAAAUGAAUCGGACCAUGUUCAGAGCCAGGAUGUUAGUGAAGGUCGUCAAUUGCUGCUUAAGGCAGUGAAUCGUGUGUGGACAGAGCUCAUGCACAGUAAAAGGCAAAUGCUGGAGGAUAUAUUUAAAGUGUCUCUACCUGUCAAUGACAGAGGACACGUGGACAUCACCACUGCCCGACCUGCUCUAGAGGAACCUGCUGCCAAAAGCUGGCAGAAUCACCUAGUCCAUGAGAAGAAAUGCAUCAGCAGAGGUGAGACUGUUGCUCCAGUGAAUCAGUCCAAACUCUCUAGAGUCAGCAGUGGCUUUGGUCUGUCCAAACUGACCGGUUCCCGUCGCAGCAAGAGGGAAAGCGGAAUGAACAAGAACAACCUCUCUGCUCAGGAAGCCUUCCAGUGGAUGUUUACGCACAUUGCUGUCGUUAGAGACUUGGUAGCAAUGCAGUACAAGGAGUAUCAAGAGAGGCAGCAGAAUGCAUUGAAGUAUGUUAUGGAUGAAUGGGCAGGGAUUGAAUAUGAGCUGCUUCGGGAGAGAGGCCUCUGGGGUCCCCCUAUUGGCUCCCACCUUGACAAAUUUCAGUUGGACAUGACUGAGGGACCCUGCAGAAUGAGGAAAAAGAUAGUUCGGAAUGACAUGUUUUACAUUGACUAUCCCUAUGUCCCUGAUCCUGAGCCCAAUGCUAGCACUCAGAAACCAGUGCGUUACCGACGAGCAAUCAGCUAUGACAGUAAGGAGUAUUAUAUGCGGCUGCUAUCAGGGAACCCAGGGAUGUACCAGCACUCUAUAGAGCAGAACACAGAGGGAGAGACAACACAACACGAGCCUGAACAUGGAGAGGACACCAUCGCAAGAGUCAAAGGUCUGGUGAAGGCUCCCUUAAAGCGGUCCCGUUCCACAGCAGAUGGGGCUGAUGAGGACAGUCAAGACCAGCUGCAGGAUUUGCUGGAGUCAGGAGCUAUGGACGAGGAGCAGAAAACUGAUAACACCUCACUACUCCGCCUGCUUGAGGAGGGAGAAAAGAUCCAGCACAUGUACCGCUGUGCUCGAGUUCAGGGUCUGGACACCAGUGAAGGGCUGCUCUUAUUUGGGAAAGAACAUUUCUACGUGAUCGAUGGCUUCACCAUGACUGUCACCAGAGAAAUUAGAGACAUUGAGACACUACCUGCAAAUAUGGAUGAGCCAAUCAUCCCUCGAGGGGCCCGGCAAAGUAAGAGUCAGCUUAAACGAACCUACAGCGUCUUUGCUUAUGAAGACAUCAGAGAGGUGCACAAACGUCGCUACCUGCUUCAGCCAAUGGCAGUAGAAGUGUUUUCCGGAGAUGGGAGAAAUUACCUAUUGGCUUUCCAAAAGGGAGUCCGGAACAAAGUCUAUCAGAGAUUCCUUGCAGUUGUUCCCUCACUAGCCGACAGCUCAGAGUCAGUUUCUGGACAACGUCCCAACACCAGUGUGGAACAGGGGUCUGGCCUUCUCAGUACACUGGUCGGUGAGAAGUCAGUGACCCAAAGAUGGGAGAGAGGAGAAAUCAGUAACUUUCAGUAUCUGAUGCAUCUCAACACAUUGGCUGGCAGGUCAUAUAAUGACCUGAUGCAGUAUCCAGUCUUUCCAUGGAUACUGGCAGACUUUGACUCUGAGGAACUGGACCUCAACAAUCCAAAGACAUUCCGAAACUUAUCCAAACCUAUGGGAGCUCAGACAGAUGACAGAUUGAUCCAGUACAAGAAAAGAUUCAAAGACUGGGAGGAUCCUACUGGUGAAACUCCAGCGUAUCAUUAUGGCACUCAUUACUCCUCUGCAAUGAUUGUGGCCUCAUAUCUUGUCAGAAUGGAACCAUUCACACAGAUCUUCCUCAGGCUCCAGGGAGGACAUUUUGAUCUGGCCGAUCGAAUGUUCCACAGUGUCCGAGAGGCAUGGCUGUCUGCUUCCAAGCACAACAUGGCUGAUGUAAAGGAGCUAAUCCCAGAGUUCUUCUACCUUCCUGAGUUCCUGCUCAAUUCCAACAACUUCGAUCUUGGGAGUAAACAAAAUGGCAUCAAGCUUGGAGAUGUGAUUCUGCCUCCAUGGGCUAAAGGAGACCCAAGGGAGUUUAUCAGGGUUCACAGAGAGGCUUUGGAGUGCGACUAUGUCAGUGCCCAUUUACAUGAAUGGAUCGACCUGAUCUUUGGUUAUAAGCAACAAGGUCCUCCAGCAGUGGAGGCUGUUAAUGUCUUCCACCAUCUCUUCUAUGAGGGUCAGGUGGACAUCUACAACAUUAAUGACCCACUUAAAGAAACCGCUACAAUUGGAUUCAUCAACAACUUUGGCCAGAUACCAAAACAGCUGUUCAAGAAGCCUCAUCCUCCAAAGCGGGUGCGCAGUAAGUCCAACGGAGAUGUCCCAGGUGUGCCAGUUACUCUGAACUCCACUUUAGACAAGAUCUUCUUCCAUCAUCUGGACAACUUGCGGCCCUCUCUCACCCCUGUCAAAGAACUAAAGGAGCCAGUGGGUCAAAUAGUGUGCACUGACAAGGGCAUUCUGGCUGUCGAGCAAAACAAGGUGUUUGUUCCUCCUGCCUGGAAUAAGACCUUCGCCUGGGGCUACGCAGAUCUCAGCUGCAGACUUGCCAACUAUGAAUCUGACAAGGCAGUGGUCGUAUAUGAGUGUUUGUCUGAGUGGGGGCAGAUCCUGUGUGCUAUCUGCCCCAACCCCAAGCUAGUUAUUACUGGAGGAUUCAGCACAGCCAUCUGUGUGUGGGAGACCGGGACAUCCAAAGAGAAAGCCAAGACCCUUACACUCAAACAGGCUCUUCUGGGCCACACAGAUGCAGUUAUAUGUCUCACAGCAUCAUCUGCUUACCACAUCAUCGUGAGUGGCUCUCGAGACCGAACGUGCAUCAUUUGGGACCUGAAUAAGCUGUCUUUCGUCACCCAGCUGAGGGGCCACCGAGCUCCUGUCUCAGCACUCUGUAUCAAUGAGCUUACAGGCGAUAUAGUAUCCUGUGCUGGCACCUAUAUCCAUGUGUGGAGUAUCAAUGGAAGCCCCAUCGCCAGCACCAACACAUUCACAGGCAGGAGCCAACAAAUCCUCUGCUGCUGUUUCUCAGAGAUGAACGAGUGGGAAACACAGAAUGUUAUCGUAACGGGACACUCCGACGGUGUUGUCAGGUUUUGGAGAAUUGAGUUCUUGCAAGUCCCGGAAACACCUGCUCCAGAGCCUGUAGAGCCCCCUGAUGUGCCAGACUGCUGUGGAGAGAUUGAGGGUCCUGAUGCUCCAGACGAUGAUAGCAGUGAAUCUGAGGCAGAGGAAACUAGCCUGUGUCAGGACUCCAAACCUCACACCUCAAAAAGCCAGCCCAGCAGCACCGUCCACAGACCUAAACCCUGCAGUGGAGCCUCCUGGUUGGUGAACAGCAGCUCUGAUGACUCCCGCCGCUGGUCGGACACACUCAGCAUUGACGAGAAGGAUGGCUUUGUUUUCGUUAACUACUCAGAAGGCCAGAUUAGACCAGGAAUGCCCUUGCACCCACAUUCCCACCCCCACUCAGCACCCCCACAUGGGCCAGUGCCACAACCCCUUCAGCCCAGUACGUUGGAGGCGAGGUCCUACAACAAACUCAGACCAGGCUACAGAUGGGAGAGACAGCUGGUGUUCCGGAGCAAACUCACCAUGCACACAGCGUUUGACCGCAAGGACAACAUGCAUCCUGCAGAAAUCACUGCACUUUCCAUUUCAAAAGACCACAGUAAGAUCCUAGUUGGUGAUGGCCGUGGCCGAGUGUUCAGCUGGUCUGUCAGUGAUCAGCCAGGACGCUCUACUGCAGAUCACUGGGUGAAGGACGAGCAGGUGGACAGCUGCUCUGGAUGCACUGUACGCUUCUCCCUCACUGAAAGACGCCACCAUUGCAGAAACUGUGGACAAGUCUUCUGCCAGAAGUGCAGUCGCUUUGAAUCGGAGAUCAAGCGGCUGAAAAUCUCCUCUCCUGUGCGUGUGUGUCAGAACUGUUACUACAACCUGCAGCAUGAGCGGGGCUCUGAAGAAAGCCCUAAAAAUUAGAUCUCUCUCACCCACAUCACUUCACACUCCAAACCUAUACCUCUCUAAAAAGAAAAAAGAAAAAAAACAUUUCACCGCACCCCGUGGAAAACCCAUUUGCAUAGCACUGACGUAGACCAAAAUGGGAUCACUAAUCCUCAUAAUUUCAUAUAUUAUGGAAGUGUGACCAUAAAAGAGAGAUGAUUGUGGGUUUACUUUUUCCAUUUAUGCAGUUUCUUUUGCAGUAUGCUCAAGUCAUCUCCACAUUGGCAUCAUCCAAAAAGUUUGCAACGUUUAGAUUUGAGAAAAAGCAAUGCGUAUAAAACACUUCCUCAUGAAAUGAGAUGACAUUUGUUUAUAUUGUAAAUACUUACAAUGGCCUUUUAACUAAAAACAGUGAAACAAAAGUCAUUAUUAAGAGAUAAAAGAACAAAAAUUAAAACACAACACAUUGUGUGUGCGUGUAGUCAAUGUCACAAGUCACAGCAUCCCAGCGGGAAUAAUAUUGGGGACUAUGAAUGUUGAUAAUAAAUGUUUGUGGGUUCUAGUUAUGCGAAUGCUUAAUUAUUUUGUUUAAUUGUUUUGUACCUUGUAUGGAAGUGUUGCCCACAGUAUCAGCUUGUUGCCAUAGAACAGAAGACAACUUUGAAAAUUGGUUUUAAUGUAUAAUUUUGUUGCCAAGCUGCCUUGAUCUGUAACUAUUAUCAUAUAUUUUUACAAUAGUAUAGGCAACGAUAGUAUGUACAUUUUGAAUUUAGAGUAAACACAGCUGGUUUUUAUCACUUUUAAUCAUUUUUAAAGACAGGAUUCAGAUGGAUGCUUAUAAAUCAUUUUUAUUAUUAGUAGUAUUAUUAUGCAUUUCAAAGACAAAAGUUUUUAUAGUCAAUUGAAAGACUUCAAUACAGUAUAAGACAUGUUUCAGUAAGUGAACACUCUGUGCUUCUACUGACUAUACACUUUAGUAAAUCGUUCUCUGUACAUUUUUGGUUGUGUGGGACUACUCAUGAAUAUGACUAAAUAUGAAUAAAGAGCUUUAAUGUUACUCUUACUCUAAACCAGCUCUUAAAAGUUAAUGGUUUUGUUUUUUAGUAACAACAUCCAUUUAAUUCUUAUUCUUAAAGUCUCACAAAGAAAUGUUGAGUUUUAAUCGUUUGCAAUGUUGCACCAGUAUAAAUGUUUGUCUGUAGAUAAUGAAAGCAAUAGUUACUGAUGUUUUCACUCCAUGUGUAUGUCAGAAAAGAUUGUAGCUUGAAAGUUAUUGUGUGUAGUAGAAAAAGGGAUAUAACACUUUUUAAUGUACAAUGAAAGACUGGAAGCCUAGUAUCGCCAUACCUUACAUUAAACUAUAAAAGAGAAAGUUUGUUGUUUUCAUCUAUCCAUUUGUCAGUGAUACUGUGGGCAAUACCCUAUUAAAAGUGCUGCUUUUGAUUAAUAGAGAGAAUUGUUUUCUCUUUCUGUCUUUAAAGUCUGACACUUGCAUCCUUUUAAAAAGAUGAAACAUUUGUUUCACAUGGAGUUGUUUUUAUUCAUUGUUGUAUUAUUUCCGUCAUUUGCUAUACAGACUAAUAUGCACUCGUUAUAGUUUAAUUAUUAUACAUUUAUGUACUGUAAUUGCAAUCAUAGCACCAAGCUGUUGGGAUUUUGCUGUCAACAAGCAGCUUAAAGAUCAAAUGGCUAUAUCAAUCUGAUAUGAUUUGUGCACCUUGACGUGUAGAAGGGAAAGAAAGACAUAGAGUAAUCAUUGUUUUAUCAGAUGCAUUUUUAUGUUGUGAGCUAUAAUUUUAAAAGGGUGCAUUUCUUUACAGUAAGAUGAACUGUACAAAGUAUUUAUGCAAUUAUAAGGUUUUUUUAUGAUUAUGUUUUUGUAAUUUCUCAGCAAGUUUGUUUACUUGUUGCAUGUCUAACACAGCUGACUUUCUGUGUCAGUGUAUUGUACAUGUAUUGGCAUUGUGUUUUCAUUGUUUUCUCUUUUGACUCAUUUUUACAGCAUUAUCUAAUAAGUUGAUUCUGAAGCCCUGAAGGUUUUGUGUACAGUUUAGGCAGAUAAUACUGAAGAUGUGUCCCACAAAUCUGGGUUGACUUUUAUACUCUCUUUAUGGAUGUUAAGGACUGAUCCCAGACUGAUUAAAUACGCACAGAUUGUCCCUUUUUAGGUGGUCUCGUGAUAGACUGCAUUACUACAGUAUCUAGUAUGCAAAACUGUGGUAGCUGAAUGUUCAUUGUAUAUUUGUGUUGGAAAACAAUAACAUGAAACCAUCCCAGAGAGUAACCCCUAUACCUUUUAUUAUGACGCAAUAGAUAUGGUACUUAUACUUUUUAACUUGAUUUCAAUUAAAUACUUGCUGUUUACCACCACCAGUGUUUUCUGCUCGUAUGUGUUAUUUUCAUCUUUAGUUGCAAUAUAGUACACAGAUAUCAAAUUUGAAAUACCAGGAACUUGCUCUUGCUUUUUGACUCAUGUGUAAGAUUUUUAAGAUAGUAAAUGGAUCACCAUUGAAAUCAUGACAAUGUUAUUUCACACUUCUUAAAUUGACAAAACUACAUCAUACCACUUGGAUACAAGGUAUGUUUAAUGAAUGUAAUGUUCAUACUAAAACAGACUCUUUUAAAAACGCAUGAGUAAAUGCACACCUUCAAUUUAAAGGUGCAAGUUAUGGCAAAAAUAUUAAAAGGGAAAAAUAUACUCAAAAU